ACUAUUUGUUGGCUGGGGGUGCCACCACCUCUUAAGAAUAGACCUGUUUGUUCCAUUUGCAUCCAGAAUCUCCCCAGUUCUCUCUCUCACAAACCACGAACCCCAGCUCAAUCUCUCUCAAAACCUGUUAACUACAACACAAUCCGGUCCCGAUUCGAAGAAAGCUUUAAGCCCAGAAAAAGUUCGGUUUCAUGGGGAGUUUGUUUUGAUUUUUUGUGGAGGAAUUCCAGUUUCCGGCGCUUCGUAUUCUUCAAUUACAGUAGAAUUAUCUACAGAAAAUUUCUCUAAAGAUGCUUACAAUGGAGGGACACUGAUUCAGAACACUGUGGACAAGUCUUUACAAGCUAAUUCUGCAGCAAAACUCAAUUCCAUUUGCAAAGAAGAGAUCGAUCACGGCUAUGGAGGUGGUAGGCGGAGCAUUUUUCUCCGCUUUCUUUCAACAAGUAUUUCAAAAGAUGGAUUCUCAGGAGGUCAAGAACUUCAUCAGAGGAAAGAAACAGACUGAUGAGUUGCUGAACAAGUUGAGGAUCAAAUUGUUGUCUGUCAAUGCUGUUUAUGACGAUGCCGAGCAAAAGCAAUUAAGUAACCCAGUUGUGAAGCAGUGGCUGCAUGAGCUUAAAGAGGUAGUCUUUCAUGCUGAGGACCUACUGGACGAGAUAAAGACAGAAGCGUUAAGGCGGAAAAUGGAAGCUGAAUUUGGAAGUAGCACAAGCAAGGUACAAGACCUCAUCUCUGCUUCUUUCCAUGCUUUUGAUGAGUCUGUAGACAGCAAGAUAAAGGAAAUUCUUGGGAGGUUAAGCUUCAUUGUAGAACAGAAAGAUGCCCUUGAUUUGAAAAGAGGUAGUAGACACAAAAUCUCACAAACAUUGCCUUCAACUUCUUUAGUAGAAGGCUCUGAUGUAUAUGGAAGAGAUCAUGAGAAGGAAACCAUCAUUCAAUUGUUGCUAUCAGAUGAUGUUACUUGUAAUAAGAUUGGCGUCAUUCCCAUCGUGGGCAUGGGUGGGAUCGGAAAGACCACCCUUGCUCAGCUCUUAUACAAUGAUGAUCGAGUGAAGCAGCAUUUUGAGCUCCGGGCAUGGGUUUGUGUUUCUGAUGAAUUUGACGUUGUUAAGAUCACACAAACAAUUUAUGCAUCAAUCCCUUCACAAACCUGUGAUACCACAGACCUAAACCAGCUUCAAGUCAAACUUAAAGAUGCUUUGGCGGGGAAGAAGUUUCUUUUUGUUCUUGAUGAUGUUUGGAACGAGAAUUACAAUAUUUGGGAUUCCUUAAGACGCCCCUUCGAGUCUGGAGCUGAUGGAAGUAAGAUCAUUGUGACCGCAAGGAAUGAUGGUGUUGCAUCUACGAUGGGUACUAUUCAAACCCACUAUUUAAAGCACUUACUUGAGAAAGACUGUUGGGAUUUAUUUGCAAAACAUGCCUCCAAAGAUGCAAGUGGUGUUGUAGAUCCAAAUCUUGAGGUAAUUGGAAGACAAAUUGUUAGCAAGUGUAAAGGCCUUCCUUUAGCUGCAAAAUCUCUCGGUGGUCUCUUACGCUCUGAAUCAAAUAUGGAGGUUUGGGAAAAUGUGCUAAAAAGUGACAUAUGGGAGUUGUCAAAUGCAAAGAUUAACAUUCUGCCGGCUCUAUGGUUAAGCUACCGGUACUUGUCUCCAGAGCUGAAGCGUUGUUUUGCUUAUUGUUCGAUAUUUCCCAAAGAUUAUAAAUUUAACAAGUCUGAAUUAAUUUUGUUGUGGAUGGCUGAAGAUCUUUUACUACCCCAAAAGAAGACUAUGUUGGAAGAUGUUGGAAAGAAAUACUUUGAUGAUCUACUCUCACGGUCAUUUUUUCAACACUCGUCUUCAAAUGAUUGUUUCAUCAUGCAUGAUCUGAUGCAUGAUUUGGCGACUUACGUAUGUGGGGAAUUUUGCAUUAGAUUGGAAGACCAUGACUUCUCCUUGGACGUUGUGAGCAAGGGUCGUCACUUUUCUUAUAUGCAGUAUUCAUCUAAUGUUGAUUCUGAGAGAUUUGACACUAUUUAUGAAGCUAAGUAUCUGCGCACCUUCAUUUUUGGCCGCAGCUAUUUUCAGCUGCCAGCACGACUUGAUCUCCUUUUAGUGCUACCGUGUUUAAGAGUUCUCAAACUACGUGGGCAUGAUAUCAGGGAGUUGCCUGAUUCGAUUAGCAACUUGAAGCAUCUACGGUACCUCAACUUAUGUGGGAAUCCAAUAAUGAAAUUACCAGACACGGUAUGCAGUUUGUGUAAUUUACAAACGUUAUUGUUGUCGGAUUGUUGGCAUCUUGUUGAGUUGCCCACCGAUUUGAGAAGACUUAUCAACUUGCGCCAUCUUGAUUUGAGACGUACGAAAAUAAGAAAGAUGCCCCCCCACAUGGGCAUGUUGAAGGAUCUCCAAACAUUUGGAGGUGAGUUUGUCUUGAGCAAAGAUGCUGGGGGAUACAUUGAUGAGUUAAAGGGGUUUCAGCAUUUGAGUGGAAAUCUUCAUAUUUCAAGGCUUCAAAAUAUCAAACAUGCUAAGGAUGCUUUGGAGGCCAAACUGAGGGACAAGAAGCUCAGUGAAAUACAUUUGAAAUGGGAAGGUGACACUGCUGAUUCUGAAAACGAUAACCAAGUGCUGGGCAACCUGCGGCCCAAUACAAACCUAAAGGUACUGGCUAUAGAAGGAUACGGAGGUACAAAGUUUCCAGGUUGGUUGGGAGAUGAGUCUUUCUGUAAUCUUGUCAUUCUCCGACUUGAGACUUGUGGAUAUUGUUUCUCCCUCCCAGCAUUGGGGCAGCUACCGUCUCUGAAAAGGCUUGAAAUUGAUGGGUUGAAUGAAGUGGUAUCAGUGGGGUCUGAGUUUUAUGGGGGAAUUAAACCUGCAUUUAAAUCUCUGGGGUUUCUGAGUUUCCGCAGUAUGCGGGAAUGGCAAGAGUGGUGUUUCCCUGGAGGUGAAGAAGAAGAAGGCGGACAUUUUCCUAAUCUUUGCGAGCUUAUUCUGGAGAACUGUCCCAAACUAACGGGGAAAUUACCGUUACCCUACUUCCCAAGACUUGAGCGGCUAAUUUUGCAGAAAGUUAAUAUCGAAUCCCUUGCUUGUUCGCAAGAAUGCAAUAAAUUCAAUAUUGAACUCCCAUCCCUCCGUGACUUGAGAAUAUCAGAUUGCCUGAAUCUGGUAUGUUUUGUGGGUGGUGGAGUGCUGCUUGCGCCCAACUUGAAGGAGAUAUCUAUGUGCCGUUUUAAAAACUUGUGGUCAGUGCCAGAGGAGAUGCAGGCCUCUCUCCCGUCUCUUCAGUCUCUGUCCAUAGAAGGGUGUAAAGAAUUUAAAUCAUUUCCGAAAGAAUCUAAAUUCCCAUCCCUCGAUUAUUUGAUUAUAGAGGGAUGCCCAGAAUUUGUGGGUUUCCCCCAUGGAGGAGGACUGCAAGCGCCCAACUUGAAGAGGAUGGAAAUUAAAGCAUGUAACGAAUUCAGGUCACUGCUAGAGGAGAAGCACGCCUCUCUCCCGUCUCUUCAGUCUCUGUUCAUAGAAGGGUGUAAAGAAUUUAAAUCAUUUCCAGAAGAAGGGCUGCUGCCAGCCACUCUCACUUCUCUCACAAUCUCCGAUCAUCCGAAUCUGAAAACCAUUGACGGCAAGGCGUUAAGACACCUCAUCUCUCUCGAGAAGUUGGAGAUUUUUUUUUGUCCUCGACUCCAGAGCUUGCCAGAUGAAGGGCUACCCACUUCUCUUUCUCGUCUAGAUAUCUUCAAUUGUGAUUUGCUAUCACAACGGUGCCAGAGAGGCACGGGAGAAGAUUGGCCCAAGAUUUCUCACAUCCCCAAUGUCGUGAUUGGUCACCGAAAGAUGUGAUUUGCAAUGGUACUCUUGUCCCAUAUAAACUUGAAAGUAUUUGCGAUAGAAAGAUACGGAGCUACAAAAAUUCCAAAUCGGUUAGGAGAUGACUUGUUCGUUCUCUCAUCUUGUUACUCUUGGACUUGUGGAUUGUGAACAUUGUUUUUCAAUGCCAGCAUUGGCACAGCUACCAUCUCUCAGAAGGUUUGAAACUGAUGGGUUAAAUGGAGUGGAAUUGUUCCUCUUUUCUUGUUGUGUCUUACGGUGGUUCUAUUAGACGACAGUUUGUUGUAUCGAACUAGUCUUCGGUGAAAAAGGAGCUUCAACAAGUUUAUGAGCUCUAGUUUCCGAAUUUCCUUUUUCAAGUUUGUUUCCAAAUUAUGUCUAUUGAGAGGUAGAUUUCGGUACUUUGAAUUCGAAUUCAAACAUUUGGUUUGUAAAAUAAGGAUGAUGAUUUCGUUUCUGUGGAACUGUGAAUCUAUGAUCAUGCAUGAAUGUUGUAAGACCA